AUUUUUUCUUUGCUGCAGAUGAAAUAUUUCUUGUUCCUCAUAAAAGCAUCGUAUUAUAUGAAACUCGUGAUAGCUAUUGCUAUUGCAGACAGAGAGAGAAGGUUCAGAGCGCUCGCGAUAGCCAUUGCAGCGUAAUUGGGCCUUUGUUUCUCUUAGUUUUGCUAGAGCCUGGAUCUAAUUUACGUUUUCAAGCGUUUGGACAGCAAAUCUCCACCGUGAUCGGCCACCAAUAUACAUUUUGUUCCGGACUUUAUCCUGAUUCAGAGGCUCUAGAUCUCGAUUUUUGAAAUUUUGAGGAGAAAAACGUUAAUGUUUUGCGUGAUCUUCGAAUUUUCGCCUCAUUUGGUCUUUCAUUAAAAGUGAAAAUUGGCUCCGCAACGUCGCGCACAACGCCACAUGGGUGGCCAGAUGCAACAGAGCAAUGCCGCUGCUGCUGCGGCUGCUCUGUAUGAUCACCCAAGCGGUACAUCCCUGCACAACGCAGGCCCCGCCAGCGAUGCCGGCGAUGCAGUCAUGGCACGGUGGCUCCAGUCCGCAGGGUUGCAGCAUCUGGCCUCUCCUUUGGCUUCAACUGGCAUCGAUCAACGCCUCCUCCCAAACCUCCUCAUGCAGGGUUAUGGAGCACAAUCUGCAGAAGAAAAGCAAAAACUUUUUAAAUUAUUGAGGAACAUCAACUUCAAUGGGGAGUCUGGUUCUGAACCAUACACACCACCUGCUCAAAGUUCAGGUACUGCAACAGAUGGUUUCUAUUCCCCUGAACUCAGAGGAGAAUUUGGAGCUGGGCUUUUGGAUCUUCAUGCUAUGGAUGACACAGAACUUCUUUCUGAGCAUGUUAUGUCAGAACCCUUUGAGCCAUCACCUUUCAUACCAUCUGUUACGAGGGGGUUUGAUGAUGACUUUGAUGGAAUUACUAGCAGGCAACCAAAAAACCAAACAGAUGCCUCAAUUAGAUUGCCAACUACUGAAAAAGAGAGUAGUGCAAAGGAGAGCAAUUUGGCUAAGAUUAAAGUUGUGGUGCGUAAAAGGCCUUUAAAUAAGAAGGAACUGUCCCGGAAAGAGGAUGAUAUUGUAACAGUAUAUGAUAAUGCAUACUUAACUGUCCAUGAGCCAAAGUUAAAGGUGGAUUUGACCGCAUACGUGGAGAAGCAUGAAUUUUGUUUUGAUGCUGUUCUAGAUGAACAUGUCACCAAUGAUGAGGUAUAUCGUGUCACAGUACAGCCAAUAAUUCCUACCAUUUUCCAGCGAACAAAAGCUACAUGCUUUGCAUAUGGCCAGACAGGGAGUGGUAAGACAUUCACAAUGCAACCACUACCACUUAGAGCAGCAGAGGACCUUGUCAGACUAUUAAAUCAGCCCACCUACCGUAAUCAGAGAUUUAGGUUGUGGCUUAGCUAUUUUGAGAUAUAUGGUGGAAAGCUCUUUGAUCUGCUCAGUGAUAGAAGGAAACUCUGCAUGAGGGAAGAUGGACGACAGCAAGUUUGCAUUGUUGGACUGCAGGAGUUUGAGGUCUCAGAUGUACAGAUUGUUAAGGAAUACAUUGAGAGGGGAAAUGCAGCACGAAGUACAGGCUCUACUGGUGCCAAUGAAGAAUCUUCAAGAUCACAUGCUAUUUUACAACUUGCCAUUAAGAAGCAUAGUGAGAUAAAGGAAUCCAAAAGACACAAUGAUGGAAAUGAAUCCAAAGGUGCGAAGGUUAUUGGGAAGAUCUCUUUUAUUGAUCUUGCUGGUAGUGAACGAGGUGCUGACACUACUGACAAUGAUCGACAAACAAGGAUUGAAGGAGCAGAAAUUAAUAAAAGUCUUUUGGCCCUCAAGGAGUGCAUUCGUGCCCUUGACAAUGAUCAGAUUCAUAUCCCAUUUCGUGGAAGCAAACUCACGGAGGUACUCCGUGAUUCCUUUGUUGGCAACUCAAGAACUGUGAUGAUCUCUUGCAUUUCUCCAAAUGCAGGGUCCUGUGAACACACACUCAAUACUUUGAGAUAUGCCGACAGGGUUAAGAGUCUCUCAAAGAGUGGGAAUGCUAAAAAGGAUCAGGGCCCAGGUCCUGCUAGUAAGGAAUCUUCAUCGGUACCAUCUUUGCCAGUCUCUGUUGAGCCAGAGGAUGGUUAUGACCAAAACCAAGAAAUGAAAGCGACAGAUAUGGGCAGAAGGGUUGUAGAAAAAGAGAACUACAAUUCUACUGCUGAUUUUGACAGACAGCCCUCUAGCAUGCCUUCAAAUUAUCACUUCAAUGGCAGGGAGGAUGGUGGAAUGAUUUCUUGUUCUUUGGAUCGGGAGAGGGUUGACUUGAGAAACACAUUUGGUGGUAGUACUAGUCAUAAAGUGUCCUCUAUUCAAAACACAAAUAAUGCUCUAGAGGAGGAGAAAGUGCAAAAGGUGUCUCCCCCUCAUAGAAAGAUCAAGGAAGAAAAAUCAGAGAAGCAGGGAAACUGGGCAAAAAGAGAUGGUUCUGGAUCUGACUUGUCAACUAGCUACAAGCAACAGAGUUCAUAUGAUUCUACAGUAAACAACGUUGGAACCAAACAAUAUGAACCUGAGCCUCCUUGCCAUGAUGGAGAGAUCAAUGCAAUACUUGAGGAAGAAGAAGCUCUAAUUUCAGCUCAUAGAAAAGAAAUUGAAGAUACAAUGGAAAUUGUCCGCGAAGAGAUGAAACUGUUAGCAGAAGUAGAUCAGCCUGGUAGUCUCAUUGACAACUACGUUACCCAGUUGAGUUUUGUUCUUUCGCGCAAGGCAGCAAGUCUGGUUAGCCUUCAAGCUCGUUUGGCAAGAUUCCAGCAUCGCCUGAAAGAACAAGAGAUACUGAGCCGCAAGAAGGUUCCUCGUUAAGUCAGUUCAAGGUUCCCCCUCCAUUUCAACCCAAGGCCUCCUUUGUGAAUCUUGCAUCUCAAAAACGGCACCAUUUUGUGUUGGUAAUCCCUUGUGGUUUCUUUAACUUGUUACCAUAUCAUUGUGGUCAAUUGUUAGAACAUUUCAUUAUAUUUGUACAUUGGCUGCCCCCUCCCCACCUUCCUUUUUUCUUCCUGGGGGAGAUAUAGAUUUAUCUGAAUUUCUGUUCUCCUUGCCCCUUCUAUUCUUAAACAUAAUUUUCAAGCAAGGAGCUGCGUUACAUGGAGGUGCCAGGGAGUGCAUGUGUCUUUGAGCUCAUGACGCUAAUCAAUUUGCAACUUUCUACCUUGGGAGAAUCAUGGUUGAUUUUGGAAUUUGUUGUCCAAGGAGAUCAUUAUGUAAUCAAAUGUUUUGUUUCCGUUGAGAGUUUGGUAGUUAGAAACUGGGACUUAAGCGGAACAGGGCCAAUUCCUAGUCAGUUUAGUUUGCAGACGGAUGAAAUAGAAUUUACAAGAUAUAUCACACUUUAUUUCAAUCUGUUGCUUCCGCUCUUCGCAAGACACCCUUGUUUUUAGGGAUUAGGAUUUAGGAAGCAUUGAUUUUCAAGGGUUGCAAUUUCUUUUUUUUAUGACAGCAAUUUUUGAGAGGCCGGAAGGGUCUGAAACUAGAAGAGCUUUGAUCAAUCAGACUUCCCCUGGAUGAAUUUUGAUAAAUAUCAGCCUAUUGGUUAUCA